GACUGUUCUCCCACUUCCCUCUACCGCUUGCUUCUUGAACAAAGCCAGACUUCCUCAUCUCGGAUGGUUUUUCUGUCCCUUGUCAGCAGAGACCACCAAACCAAGCAUCAUUACUCCGUAUAGGGUCCUCUUUUAGGUAAGAAGGCUUGCAACUCGUCUCCAAAGAAACUCCCCGUACCGAAGACUUAACAGUACCUGUAGCUUAGGCGUCCACGAAUCUGCCCUCUUCGCUUGCGGCAUCCUGAACCCUGCAAACCUACGCACCUUUGGAUGCACAAUUGACCCCUUUCAUACUCCCGAGUCGAGUUGGACAGGUUUGGGUCUACAAGAGGGGGCCAGUACGAGUACUCGAACAGCGAAUCCCUGGACAACGACGUGCCCCUAUCAAACAAGGCGCUUCAAUUUGACUGUCGACUGCCUGCGCUGCCUGACCCUCCAUAAUCCUUGUGAAGCACCAGACACCUCUUGCAUACUCUCUUUCCUCCUCUCCACACCCAACGUCAUUUCCCAUGAUCUCGUCGCCUACGCCUGUCACCUCUGGUGUCACUGCAGGUGCAGCCGUCGAUCUCACAAGAACCUCUUCUCGACGCCGUGGCCUGAGUUAUCUUCGUGCUUUGUCGCAUAGCCGCUCGGGUCAGACUAGCCCCAACGAAACCUUCUCGUUCUCCGAGACAUUACUUCCAGCGCUCCCUGAGUUACAACGAACACCGUCCAGACUCUUCAGUCACUGGUAGAAGGAGAAGUGCCUCGCGUCCAAACGAGCCGACGAGCCCACUUGCGACUGAUCCUCCCCAGAUCCCUCCCUCACAAGACAAUUCGAGACCCUCAUCUCCACCGAGAACACAAUCCAUACCAAUCCGACCCGCCGCUGCCUCAGCUGUGCCGGUGUCUGUUCAAGGAGAUAGUUCAGAAGACAUGGCCAGACACAGAACCUCGACCGGUCGCCGGCAUACUACUAGUCAUCCGGCAGACACCCCUAUGGCUGAUGGGGCAGCCGCGAGGCCUCCGAAUUCGAGGACUAUUGCGAAACCGAAAGAGGGACAAGAAGGAGAUUCAAAACCACAACUGCCUGCUAUACGGUUCUUCCCUCACCAGGAGGUGAGAAAUGGCCGACCGUCCCUCACUUUCGCUCCUAUCUCCCGGACUCUACCCAGCGAAUCUGCCAUUAUUCGCGUCGGAAGAUAUUCUGAACGCGAAGGAAUUCCCACGGCAAACCCCACGGCUCCUUCAGAUGCCCCUGUAGGCUUCAAGUCCAAAGUGGUGAGCAGAAAACAUUGCGAAUUCAGUUUCGUGGAUGGACAAUGGCAGAUCAGAGAUGUGGCCAGCUCAUCCGGAACCUUCCUCAACCAUAUCAGACUGAGUCAGCCGAACACCGAGUCACGAUUGUUCCCGAUCAAGGACGGAGAUAUUGUUCAGCUGGGGAUCGACUUUCGUGGAGGAGAAGAGAUGAUAUUUCGGUGUGUCAAGAUUAGGAUUGAAUGCAAUAGAGCCUGGCAAAAGAAGCCCAACAACUUCAAUAAAACAAGACACCAACAACUCCAAAGCCUCGCCAGAGACCAGCCAUCGGCAGAUUCAAAUAGUGGCGAAUGCUCAAUUUGCCUGGGCUCUGUGUUGCCGUGUCAAGCAUUAUUCGUCGCUCCAUGUGCACAUGUUUGGCACUACAAGUGCAUUCGGCCUUUGCUGGAAGGGAAAAACAGCACCUAUCCUCAAUUCCAAUGUCCCAACUGUCGUGCGUAUUUCGACCUAACCGCAGACGUUGAUAUUGCCCAGUCGGAUAUUGACGAAUGGAUGGGAAAUACUGAUGAGCAAGUAAACGGAGCUACCAACGCCAAUGAUGCUGCCACCAACGAUGCGAAUGUUGCCCCUGCCCAAGAUACACCUGAUGCAGAAGCCACCGACUCAAGUGCUGCUCACGAGACCCCAGAUACUUCGGAAGAUUCUGGUGAGCACCCAACUGUGACUAUAUCCGACCCCAUCGAUGUUCCGAAUUCCGGCUCUGCUACGCCUCGUAUGUCAGGUUUAUUGGCCAGAAGGCAGGCUUCGAAUCCAGAAUCACCCGAAUUAACCACAAUGAACGGCAAUAUCGACAUGCCAGACCGACCAGAUGAAGACGACAUGGAUACACACCUUGAGCACCAGCGAACGAGGACACAAACGCCAGACCCUGAACAUGUUAUUUCUGGAGAGGGUCCGCUCACUCCUAGGAAUAAUGCCGGACCUUUUGUGUUUGAUGGGAGUGCAGGGAGAUCGGAUGGGAGAGAACUAGUAGUUCCUGGAAUUCCUGAAAUCACUGGAGGAUCUCCGGCUUGAUGAAGCAAAAGAUCAGAGGUAUCUUUCUGUGAGCAGGUAAAUGAGUCUGAUAAGCAUGGCAUGGAUUUGAUGCAAAGGAAAUUGCAAAUACGCAGCCAUCUCUAUUUCUAGGUUGCACCAUUCUGACAAAAGCACAAUUCUCAGCGUUUACGGCCGCAUCAUUAGGCAUUGUGGAUCUGGCGUUUCAUUACGGGCGGCUGGAGUCUAGCAGCCUCAGGUGUAGUGCAUUUUUCAGCGUUUAGUAUGAUGAAUCAUGAACAUGAUCCUUUGCUUGCUUUUUUGUAUCUCAUGAGAUGGUCAUUGAGAUCAACUGUGGACAGCUUGAGUCGUGAGAGAUCUUGAAUGACACCGUCCUUGUAUGAAAUGUUGC